AUGAAUCCAGGUUCCGCCCCGUCUAGCGUGCCUGCAACUCGUCCUCCUGGCGCUCCUCCUAUGGUCAGACGCAAGAAGCCAGCAUCUGAUCCCUUUUUUAAAGGUCCCAGGAACAAUCCUGCCGGCACCAAGCCUCAACUGAAUGGCCACCUUACGCCUCCGGUGAACGUCAACGGUCAUCUACCACCCAAGCCCCAAUCUUUAAAUGCGCUCCCUCCACGCCCAUCCUCUCCUUCCAAAGCAGUUAUUCCGGAUCGCGAGCGUGUGAGCGGCUUCAGUGACCCCCGAGUCGCGGCCGAAGGGAUAUCCUAUACGGACUACAAAUUGGUGACGACAAAGAGAGAUCUCCUCAAUAGCCUCAGGUAUCAUAUCCUCCAGCUGGCUGGUGAUAAACCCAUAGACAUUCGUAAUGAAGCCGAGUUCCCGAAACCAGUUCGUCUGCAUCGACGCGACCCUCGCGCUCCCCCUCCGGGCCAAGAGAAGGAAAAGAAAGAGGAAGAGAAACCAGAACCAAAGGAUGGCCUCACCGCCGCAGAGAGAGAAGAUCUGACCCGGCGGAAGGAAGCUCGGCAGAAAGAGCGCGAGGCUAACCUUGCGCAAAUAGCCCCGUCGCAAAAUACUGGCAAGAAGUUGAAUUUUAAAAAGAAAACCCAACAAGUCUUCAGACCCGACUUCUCGGCCGAACAGAAACGACGGAUCCAGACCAACUACGAAGAGAAACUGCCAUGGCAUCUUGAAGAUUUCGAAAACAAGCAUUGCUUCAUUGGACACCAUCAAAUCGGCUCCGUGAGUUCCAACGCCGCCUUGAUCUACGAGCCCUCGGUGGAUGCGUCAACCGGCAAAUUUCGGCUCAUCCCUAUCGAAAAGGUCUACCAAUUCAAGCCGAAACGGGAGGACCUUCAAAAGAUGUCUAUCGAGGAAGUCGAAGCCGCAAUGAAAAAGGGGGGCUCUGAUCCCGAGUGGCUGAUUCGCCACCGAGAAGCUCGAAUUCAGGAAGCCCUGAAAGAGCGCGCUGCCAAAGAAAGUAGGGCACUCUUUUCUGGCGCAGCUCGGACAACAGUCGAUGCAGGGAGGACUGGUGAGGAAGCAGAUCUUGAUUACGAAGACGACUUUGCCGAUGAUGAGGAGGGCGAUCUCUUCGUAGACAAAGACGAGGAUGAGAAGCUCGCAGAGAAGCGGAUCAAGGAAGAUCAAUUGCAAGCUAAUUUCCUCGAUUUCAAGGACCUCAAGGAGUAUGAUGAGGCAGAAGCCCGAGAAAAGCGGGAAGCGGAGGCCAGAAAGAAGAAUUUCCGACACAUGAGAAAAGCCCUGGAGAGGCGGGAGCGGAAUUACAAUCAUGGCAGUGAUUCAGAAUAUGAAUCCUCGACCGACAGCGAGGAAGAACGAGAGCGAAUCGAGCGUGAGCGUCUCGCCAAUGUCAAGAAGGAAGAAGAGGCUGAGGCCAAGAAAUCCGCUCUGUCCUCUGGUGCAAACACGCCUUCGGGUCGAAAAGAGAAGAGGGGUUCCGAUCGCGAAGAUGAAGGCGGCAUGAAGAAAUCGACAUCGUCGCGUUCAUUGAAGCGCCCCGGCUCGCCAAAUCUUUCUGACGCCUCGGGCACGGACGUCUCGACGCGGAAGAAGAAGAUCAAGUCGAGACAUCUGCCUUCUAGUCAACCUACGCCGGGUCAUUCGAGGCCAAUGUCCCCCGUCAAUGUCCUACCCAGCUCCUCUGCUCCGCAAACCCUGGACCCCUUGGCGGCAUUAAAGGGCCGAAAGCGCGGCGGUGCUACAAGUCCCGUGGGAGCUGGAUCAGACACAGACACUGAUGCCGCCGGCAUGUCCGACAGCAGUCGUGCUCGACGCCUCAAUCUCAAGAUGUCGGCGUCCCCGCCUUCAACUGGCGCACCCGGAACAGCCUCACCGCAAGGUCAGCCAUCUUCCCGGGCAGCGUCCCCGACCCCCGUCUCUGCUCCAGGUAGCGCUCCCAGACCGGUAGCGUUCCCUUCAGCACAAGACAUCAAGAACGCAAUCCCACCUCAAGGCAUAACGAUCAGAGACCUUAUGAAGGUAGUAGCACAUCCCAAGGACAAACAAAAGGAUUUUGUGGCCUUAGUCAAGGAAGUAGCGAGUUAUGACAAGGAGAGGGGUGUGCUAUUGCCGAAAUAG